AUGGUGAUUGGGCAAGGUCAGCCGGGCGCAAGGCAAGGCAAGGAGCUCUUGACCAUCAAGAGCGAGAUUGAGCUAGAUUUGGAGGAGGGUGAUAUGCUGGACUGUACAAAGGCGGACUGGGCACUCAACAAGGCUACUUACGCUGUGAAGACGAAAGUGCCGCUCGAGCAGAGAAUCGUUUUUGUUCAUAUUGAUGUCAUGAAUGUGUUUUUUGCUUGGCCUGCGUUCGGUCCAGAGUUCAACCAAACAGCUGAACCGAACCUGAUAGUUUGGGCAGAGAACUGGACUGAACCGGACUUCGGCAGCACUACUUACAAUCUCAUUGCAGAGAUGCCUGUGGGCACCCCUGUGCUCGGAUACACAUUCUUCUGGGAGCAUCCAGCUGUCUUCCCUGCACCCAACAGAUUGAUUCAGAUGGUAGCAGGUAUCACAGAGAAUGCGGAUGACGUCGCAGGCAACAUUUUAGUGGUGAAACAUGCUCGUGGGAGAAAGAAUGAUGUCAUGGACUGCAAUGAAGUAGACAUGGAAUGGGUCAAUCAUAUAAUGAUUCAUGAAACAUCACACAAAUGUAACGGAAAGUCACGGUAUCGUCACACUGGCCAGUUUCAAAGUCCGUUCAGCGCUAGACAUUAAGGAAGAUAUAGUGUAUAUACGAAGUGUACUGCUAUGUAGUAAUCUAAAAUAUGUAUUGCGGGUUACCAGAGUAAUAUAGACUGUCAUCAUUAUUAAGAUGCCCAGACGGCAAUGGUUGUGAUGACGUGGAUGCAACAGGACUCGGAGCAGUUGGUGAAAAUCCAGCACCAAUGUGAUGUUGCCCUGGCCAAUGGUUUGAAUAUGGAAUGGAUCCUGGUAUUUGCGAGAAAAACGGCAUGUGCGGAGGGGGUACAUUGGUGGCUGCUGGGGGGAGAGAAAUACUUGCUGAAGGUGUCUGAGUUGAGCUUUCGGUUGAAGUUGAG